AUGAAGCUCUUCUUCGUUGUCCUCCUCGGUGCCGGCGUCACCAUGGUUUCCGCCUUGCAGGGUUGCCAUCACGACCUGGACCCGGACCACCGAGUGCGGCUCAGCUGCACGGCGGUUGGUUUCAACACCGUUCCCACAGGUGUCCAACCUAUGACCGAGUUGAAUCUCUCCCUUUGUCAGGUUCUCUUGUUUCCCAGCAACCAGUUCACCAGCCUGUCCUGGGAGUCCUUCCAGAUCUUUAGCAAGCUGCACGAGCUGGACCUGACGGCCAACCAGGUGGGUCAGGUGACGCCGAGGGCCGAGCCGCUUCUGCCUCACCUCAGCGUCCUCCGACUUGGACGCAACCGCCUCACGUCUCUGCCAGACAGGGCCUUCUCCGCCUGCCCUGCGCUAACACAUCUCUACCUAGACAACAACGCCAUAGAGUCUCUGAGCGACGACACGUUCGCCGGACUCAGCAAGUUGGAGAUCCUAGACCUGUCGUCCAAUCACAUCAGGGUUCUUCCACCUCUCUUGCUUCGCCCCCUGGUUGGGAUAGAAACGCUCUACCUGGAAAGCAACCAGAUCAGCGAGCUCUCGGACAAUUGGUUCAGCCCGAGGGAGGAAGUGCCCUACCUGUACCUCUCUGCCAACCCGUGGGCGUGUUUCUGCGAGCUGAUGUACCUCAACACAUACAUAAAAGACUACUUCUUCAACUUCUAUGUGCGCGAUGACACGACCAUCAGCAGAGACCCCAAGAGUGUGGUGUGCCAUUCGCCUCAGUGGUCCAAAGGUCGAGCCAUCCUUGACUUGAACCUGGACGACUUGUGUCUGCCUCCCACACUGCAACAGACCAUAGCCACCCCCCUGCCAUUCCAAUACAAUCUCAGGGUGACUGAGUGGCAGAAACAAAGUAAAGGCAAUGGAAGCGACGACGUCUGGCAACUGACCACUUCCGGCGCAUCUGACCGCUUUUCCACCACCACGACUGCAUCACAUCCUUCAACUUCAACUCCACUUCCUGCCACUCUCUCAGUUGCUACGCCCGCAAGCUCUGAGGUCCUGGACAAGCGUGACGGUGCACCCCGCUCCCACGUGCCUGGUGCCGGUGUGUUUUGUGUGUGGUUGUUGGUUAGCAACGUGUGUUUGUGUGUGGUGAUGGCAGCAAGUACCGUCGUGACUCUGGUGAAACUGGUGGUCUGGUACAGGGGGGCAUCAGACAUGCAAACACAAAAGACACCAAAAAAAAAAAGCAUUACAAGGAAGUCUGGGGGGAUCCCCCGGGCCCACUCAAAUAAUUUUUUUUAAUUUUAACAUAAAUUAAGCAUUCCGGAAGACUCUGAAGAGUACAAUGUUUUUUCACCGAUACGGCGGUUUGACACAUCGCCAAAUCAUCAUGUGGGUCAGAAAGAAAAAAAGGUCUUUCUUCACAAUUGACUGUCAUUGUGAUAAUUGAAAUUUUAUGUAUCAAAAGUACGAGUGGUAUCGGUAUUGGUGAGUACUUAAGUGUGAAUACUCAUACUGAUAUCGGUCUGAAAAAAAAAAAACAGUGUUAUUGAACAUCCCUAAAAGUCAUCUUAAAAAAAAUGGUUGAGAUAUGUCACUUCAACAUAACCCAUUGACACCAAUAACUACUUUGCUAUUAUCCAGAGCUUUGGCGCCAUCUUAGUCUUACAGAAAGAAUACAAAAUAUGCGUGAAAGCUGAGAAUAGGUGACUUUUAUAGCAAAUAAUGGAGGAGAGGUUCCUCAAAAAGUCAAAGCGAAUUGGUGAAUUUUUAAAUGGUGAGCCGCAAAUAUGCGGGGGAUUACUGGUGUGUGUGUGUGUGUGUGUGUAUAUAUAUAUAUAUAUAUAUAUAUAUAUAUAUAUAUAUAUUGUUGCCAUGGAAACGGGUCAUGUGCGUGGGAGUUUUAUUGACUUGA